AUGAGCAGGGACUAUUUGGGUGUGGAUGAGGAGGGGUACUCCUCAGCGGUGCAGAAGUUCUCCCAGACCCUGCAAUCCUUCCAGUUUGACUUCAUUGGUGACACACUAACAGAUGAUGAGAUUAAUAUUGCUGAGUCCUUUAAGGAGUUUGCAGAGCUGCUGCAAGAGGUAGAGCUGGAGAGGUCCAUGAUGGUGCAGAAUGCGAGUGAUUUGCUGAUCAAACCUUUGGAAAACUUCCGGAAGGAGCAGAUAGGCUUUACUAAGGAAAGAAAGAAAAAGUUUGAGAAGGAUGGUGAGAAGUUUUACUCUAUGCUGGAUCGCCACCUGCACUUGUCUUCCAAAAAGAAGGAAUCCCAGUUACAGGAGGCUGACCUUCAGGUGGACAAAGAGAGACACAAUUUCUUUGAGUCCUCCCUCGAGUAUGUCUACCAGAUCCAGGAAGUACAAGAAAGCAAGAAAUUCAGUAUUGUGGAGCCGGUGCUGGCGUUUCUCCACAGCCUCUUCACUUACAACAAUCUGACAGUGGAGCUGACACAGGAUUUUCUCCCCUACAAGCAGCAGCUCCAGCUCAGCCUGCAGAACACAAGGAAUCACUUUUCCAGCACGCGGGAGGAGCUGGAAGACCUGAAGAAGAGGAUGAAGGAAGCGCCCCUAACCUGCAAGCUCCCUGGGCAGCCGACCAUCGAGGGCUACCUCUACACUCAGGAGAAAUGGGCGCUGGGCAUCUCCUGGGUGAAGUAUUACUGCCAGUAUGAAAAAGAGGCAAAAACCUUACGGAUGACACCCAUAGACCAGAAGCCUGGAGCUAAGCAAGGCACCUUGGACCUGACCCUGAAAUCCUGCGUUAGGAGAAAGACUGACUCCAUAGACAAAAGGUUUUGUUUUGACAUUGAAACCAAUGAAAGGUCCGGGACCAUCACGCUGCAGGCGCUCUCGGAAGCCAACCGAAGGCUGUGGAUGGAGGCAAUGGACGGGAAGGAGCCAAUCUACCACAGUCCCAUCACGAAGCAGGAAGAAAUGGAGCUGAAUGAGGUCGGCUUCAAGUUUGUUCGGAAGUGCAUCAACGCGGUGGAGACGAAAGGAAUCACCACAGAGGGCGUGUACCGGACUGUUGGCAGCAAUAUCCAGGUGCAGAAGUUGCUGAAUGCCUUUUUUGAUCCGAAAUGCCCCGGGGACGUGGAUCUCCAGAGUGGGGACUGGGACAUCAAGACCAUUACCAGUUCACUGAAGUUCUAUCUCAGGAACCUGUCUGAACCCGUCAUGACAUACAAGCUCCACAAAGAGCUGGUCCUGGCUGCCAAGUCCGAGAACCUGGAUUACAGGCUGGGAGCUAUUCAUGCACUGGUGUAUAAACUGCCUGACAAGAACAGGGAGAUGUUAGAGCUCCUCAUCCAGCACCUUGUCAAUGUGUGUGAGCACAGCCGGGAGAACCUGAUGUCGCCGUCCAACAUGGGUGUGAUCUUCGGGCCCACUCUCAUGCGGGCACAGGAGGACACUGUGGCAGCGAUGAUGAACAUCAAGUUCCAAAACAUCGUGGUCGAGAUCCUGAUCGAGCACUUUGGGAAGAUCUACUCCGGCCCCCCAGAGGACACCACGGCCCCUCCAGUGCCCCCACCCAGGGUGGCUGCUCGGCGCCACAAGCCCAUCACCAUCUCCAAACGUCCCCUGAGGGAAAGACCUGUCUUCUUUGGUGCUUCUGUGGAGGAAAGUGGAGCAGAGCGGCUCGACGGCGUGGUGGCCAGCCCGGCCCUGAGGAGCGGCACGCUGCAGGCCAGGAGACCGGCCCCCCGGCCGGGGGGCAGCAGGGACGGUGAGUGUGACGGUGUCCCUAAGCCACGUUCCCAUGGUGAUAAGCCGGUGAUAAUGCGUCCUCCCGUGAGACCUCCAGAUCCACCCUGCAGGACGCCAGUCCCUCCAAAGCUGGAGCAGAGGCCGGAUCUGAUAGCAGGGACAGCAGAGGAGAUGCCCUCAUCUGUGGUGGCCUCUAGGACCAAGUUCUUUGAGACGGCUUCCCGAAGAACAGGCAGUUCUUCAUCACCACAAGGCAGGAUCCCAGGUGAUGAGAGCUGAGGCUAAAGGCUUUGUAAGCACCUCGGCCCAGCUGGACCCAGGAGACUUUCUGUGCUUGUGACCCAGGAGUCACAGCUGAGCCUUGCCAGCCCCAGUGCCCUGGAGAGCAGCCUUCUUACUGGACGAUGAUUUCCGAGCCACAAGUGGCUCAAGAAAUUAGAAGAGGGAGACCACGAUGGAGAGCAGGCCCUGCCCACACGUCUGUGUUGAACUGGUUUCAGCCCUCCCACCUCUCCUCCCCACAGGCUGUGGCAGU